UAGAAGCUCGUCAUUAUGGAACAGUUCUUCACAAUCAUAAUAGAUAUUACUUGGAAGAGUUGGUUAUUGGUUUUCAACCACUCAAAAAAAUGGACUGUGUGCAAAACUUGACGCCUGAAGAAAUAAUUGAAGCUGUAGCUAUGGCUGACAAAAAAGAUUCACUUGAAAUUUCCAUGGAAACAGAAUCCAUAGAAACACCUAAGAAACGUGAUGAUACAUCAUCAAAACAGCUCUUCUUUGUAGACAAGAAGGGUGAAAAUGAUACAAGAGAAUCAAUGGAAACAACAACAGCAGACACAUCUGGUGACCAUUCUGAUGCUGCAGGUGAACUGGCUGGUAAAUCAAAAGGAGAUGCUGUGCACCAUGUAAAACGUCAUUAUUUUUCAAAUGAAGAGUAUUCAACUUUGAAGGCUGCUUUUAAUAAAAAUGAAACAAUUGGUCAAGAAUUUAUCAGACCAUGUUUAUAUUGUGUUGUAUGUGAGCGUUAUAUCUUGGAACCUGAAGACUCCAGAGAUCAACACUGUCAAACAAAACGUCACUACCGAGCAGCUGAGGAUGCUGUAAAACCUCUGAAAACUGAAAGUAGUACACCUGGAGGAAUCAGAGGACGGGGACGUGGACGUGGGCGUGGCCGUGGCCAAGGACAGACUCCGGAAGCUACCAGUUAAACAGACUUAUUAAUUUAACUGAUCUAUUUUUUGUUUUAGAAUUUCUAGCAUGCUUCAAUAAAAUAAGGUGUGAAUAAAGUGGGACAUUAUAAUAGUUUCAUGAAUCAGAGCAGAUUUCAUUUAAAUAACUAUUCUGUAAAAGCAUAGAAUGUUUUGAAAUUCACUUUCUUGAGUUCUUGUGUUAUGUUGAAAUUAUUUAACAGCCAAAUUUGCUGUAUGUCUAAGCUAUAUUAGUAAAGAAAUUCUGUAAUCUAGAGGUUAACAGAUGAUUUUAUAUGUAGACAAUUCUAGUGCUAAAUAUGUGAACUUCAUGCUACCUUGAGUUAUUCCAUAACUUCAUACAUUUGGGGGAUCAAACUUGUAAAGUUAAAUAAUUCUGUGAUAUAUAGGAUAUUUCAUUUGAUUGAUGGUACACCAAUGGACCCCUUUUUGUUCCAACUUCUUGUUUGGUAGCUUUUAUACCUCCAUCUGAGCACAUUUCCGGCACAAUAAUCCAGUACACCCAUCUGGAAAACCAAUUUAAUCAUAGUCAUGGGCUAAUGAAGUCUAAGCCUUAAUGUUGCAGACAACCUGUCAUACAUGGAAUUACAAAGCACUAGGAAACCACAAAAAAAACAACUGUAACCUGUAAGAAUAUGAAGUUGUGUAACAGACUUUAAUCCACAUUUUAUCAUAGGAUAUAAGUAUCAGCAGAAAGCUUAUCUAGAUGCUGUGCUAUUUACUAAAGAUUUUUAUUUGUAUCUGUACUAGGGAUUUUAACCAUGCUUUUCUGGUUACAGAAUUGUUCUGACUCUGGUAUUAUAUUGUAGUGAUAGACUUGUAAUAGUAAUAUUUCAUUCAAUUAACUUUACUUAGUUUUGUGGUCUUAGGAAUGUAAUUCAUUUGAGGAACUUUGAGAAGUCAAGUUUAAGCUCAAUUGCUUGAAUGUUUACUCAAACUUGUUGUGGUAUACAUAUUAUGGUAGAUUCUAACUAAAUUUGCAUGGCUGUAUAUUUUAUUAGCGACGCUUUGUCGACUUGAGCUUAUCAUAUAAAUGAUUUUCCAUCAUCGUCGUCAUCAAUUUUUUAGCUCCGCUGUCGACUUUGUCGAGCGGAGCUUAUCAUAUUGAGUGAUUGUCUGUGUCAAUGUUUUACUUUUUCGACUUCUUCUUGAAAACUACAAGCCUGGAUGCUUUGAUACUUGGUGUAUAUGUACCUUGGGUAGACCUCUCUCAGAUUUGUUCAUUUUGUAAUGAUAUCUUUAAUUCUCUAAUUUUGGUGAAUAUUUUUGUCAUUUUUGGUAAAAAGUGAUAUUUUCGACUUCUUGUUAAAAACCGCAAGUCCAAUUGCUUUGAUAUUACAUAUAUACCGGGUGGGUACUACAUGUGGACCUCUCUCAGAUUUGUUCAUUUUGUAAUGAUAUCUUUAAUUAUCUAAUUUUGGUGAAUAUUUUUGUCAUUUUUGGUAAAAAGUGAUAUUUUCUUCUUGUUAAAAACCACAAUCAUUUAUGGUGAAAAAUGAUAUUUUUGAAUUCUUGUUGAAAACAGAAAGUCCCAUUGCAUUGAUACUAUGUAUAUUGUUCAUUUUCUAAUUAUAUCUUCUGUUCUUUAAUUGAAAUGUGCAUUGCUAACAGCGGAGCUAUCUCAGCCGAGAGGCUGCUUGUUGACGUCUUCUUGAAAACUACAAGACUUAUUGCUUUGGUACUACUUGGUGGCAGACCUUAUAGAUUUGUUAAUUUCAUGAUAUCUUCAAUUGUCUAAUUUUGAUGAAUAUUUUUGGCAUUUUUUGUAAAGUGAUAUUUUUGACUACUUGUUGCUCGGAUACUAUACAUAUAGGUACCUCAGGUAGACAUCUCUAAGAAUUGUUCAUUUUCUAAUGAUAUAUUCCGUUCUGUAAUUGAAAUGCGCAUUGCUAACAGUGAAGCUAUUUCAGCUGACAUGCUGUUUGUUUUUUAUCAUUGUAAUCCUAUAAUCACAAAUGAGUAAACAAAAUCCAUCUUUUGACCAUUACUUGUACCCGUACUUCUUUGCUGAAGAGAUGUGCAAUAACUUUAAAACAAUGUGCUGUAUAGAAAGAUUGAUUGUCUCGUGUUUUAUCAAUUCUUAUCAGGAUGGAGUCAAAAAAUUGAUUUUGAUCACUAUUGUAUGGAUUUACCCAUACCAUAUAAAAAUUAAAUACCUAGUCAUACAGAGUUAUGACCUACCAUUAUAUGUGUACCACUCACAAAUUCAUUUAAACAUUCAGAUGAAAUAUUAGCCUGAAUUUAAAUGUCCAUGCAAUUUUUAGUGUUUCUGUGCAUAUGUUUUGCUAAGAAAAUAAAGUACUUCCAAGAAUUCA